CCCACGAGCACAGAUGCUUGAUGCAGAUCCCACUGUGAAAUGAUCUGUGAAAAAGACACACACGCAAGCAGUAUGUCGGAGACCCUUGUCCUCACAUUCCGGACCCAGCUCUCGGGAGUCAUGGAGACGGUCCUGAAGUCAGCCAUAUACGAGAUCACCAGGCUGGUGGAGGACGGCUUCCUGGAGGAGGUGUCCCGGAGCCGAGAGCAGGUCGAGUCGCUGAAGAAGAGGCUGCAGUGGUCGGAGAACAGACGAAGGGAGACGGACAGAGAGGGAGACCGGAGGGGGAAAUGUGCAGACUGUGGGAGAGCUGAUGAGGAAGGUGAAGAGAGAAGCUCUGGAACCUCACAGACAGGUGAGGAGAGAGAGAGAGACAUCUAAAGACAAUAUGGAGGAAUCACUCUGAAGUGUGGCUGAUGUAAUGUGUACCUUCCAUACUUUGGUGAUCAGACAGUAUUGGUUUAAGAAAGGAGUUAUGGGUGGUAUCUCAAUAAGUGGCCUCCUUUCCUUCAUCUGCACUGAUGCAGGAGACUCCAUUAUCCACAAUGUUAUUUUAGCCAUUUCUUUUACUUCAAAUAAAAUAUUAUCUUUGUUUACCUGUGGCUAGGUGCGGAGAGAGGGCGUGGCCUGAAGCAGGAGAAGGUACCAGGGGAGGAGUGGAGCAGCUGUGGGGGCGUGGCCGGCGAAACAGCCUUCCAUGAUCUGGAGGAGGCAGAGGCCACAAGUCCUAGGAGAACAUCUGAGGUAUCUAGGGGACUAAACACCUGUGAAGGGUGGAGGGUGCAGUAUUACAGAACGUUCAGGUAUAAAUAUAUUUGAAAGAAUAUAUUAGAACAGAUAGUCUGUCAGGAAGAAUAGGGCAGACUCUUUCAAACCUCUCCUCAUAUUUGAACCGUUCCAGAACUAGCUCACCUGAUUCAACUUGUCAACGAAUCAACAAGCCCUUCACUACUUGAAUCAUGUAUGCUAGUUCAGGGCUAUGACAAAGUUGUGAGAUGUCUUGGGGUCCCAGAGGAGAGUUCUGAAUAGAGAACCAUCAUGUCUGCUCUAUUCAGUUACUGUAAGUUUAUCCAUCGGUUCGUCAGAAUCGACUCAUUCAUUUGCUCUUCCAGUCCACAGAGGUCGCAGGUCAGAAGCUGGACAGCCUGCUGAAAGAGGAGCCUCUCCACAACACUGAGCUACAGGAGAGAUGGGGUGUCUGCCUGGAUGGUGAGUUGAGGAGUUUACAACAAACAAAACACAGACAAUAGCCUACCUUUAAUAGCCUACCUUUAGGUUUAUGAGAAUGAUAAGAAGAGUAACUUAUAGUAUGCUGUGUCAUUCCAAAUGUAUUCAUUAUUACACAUGGCAAGUCAUCUGGAAACUGUAAAUACACAUUUAGCAUUACAGUUACUCUACUAAAGUUUCUAGUAAUUCUAAUGUCUUAAAUAUGAAUGCUUCUAAUGCCUCAUGUCCCCUGUGUUUUCAGGGGCCAAUGGUUCGGACGUCUCAGGGCCCAGUAAGAGUUUCAGUGAGCAGGAGCUGCAGCAGUGCCAGGAUGACUGGGGACCUGGUCUAGACCAGGGGCCUGAACCACCGGGCCCAGAGGGAGACCCAGGGGACCCCACUGACCCUCUCUACCGCCCUCGUUACAGCAUGGAGGAACUGGGGGGCGGCUUUGAGAAGUCUGGUUACGGCGGUGGUGGUGAUGGAGGCCAUCGUCUAGACUUGGAAGGGCUGGAUAGGCUUCCUGGUUCUCCGUCUCGUCUGGGGAGGCUGAGCUAUGGAGCAGUGGGUCACUACCAGGUGAACCUAGGGGGGUCUGAGGGGGGAGACCAUCACCAUCGCUCCCACAUGCCUGGCCCCGAUCGGAGCCGGAGGGACCGUGUGGGGUCCCCAACGCGGUCCCCCCACCCGGAGGUGGGAGACCUGAACUGCCUGUUGAUCAACGAGGAGGGGUACCUGCAGGACUCCAGUGUCUUGUCCCCCGAACAUGGUGUCCCAGAGUCGGGUAACAGAGCCGGCCACAGGGGUCUAACCUCCAUCCACUCUGGAAGCUCAGCCCACAACAACAACACAGAGAGCCUGUAUGGUGCCGCUGACGACUUUGGACACUCUCUAAACCUCAGAGAUCGUUCACAAGAGCAAUUAACAGGAGGUGGAGGAGGGGGGAAGCGUCACGCCUGUAAUCAGUGCACCUUGACCUUCCCAGACUCUGGCUCCCUCGAGGCCCACAAGCAAACACACAAAACUGGUAGAGGGUCUGGGCCUCCAUACUCCUGCACCCAGUGUGGUAAAACCUUCAUCCAGGCCUGCAACCUCAAGGUCCACCAGCGUGUCCACCAGGCCGAGGGACUCCACCUCUGCAGACACUGUGGCAAGGGCUUCACCUCCUUCUCCGACCUGAAGAUGCACAAAUGCAGCCAGACGACAGACAAGCCCUACUGCUGCUCCAUCUGUGGGAACAAAUUCAGUCGGCUCUGGAACCUCAAGCUGCACAGGCGCAUUCACACGCAGGAGAAACCCCACCGCUGCACUAUGUGUGACAAGAGCUUCGCUCGGGCGGACAAUUUGAAGGUGCACCAGCGCACCCACACUGGGGAGAGACCGUACUGCUGUGCUGUGUGUGGACUCAGCUUCAAACAACUGAACCAUCUGAAGUGGCACCAUCGCAAACAUAGGGUGGAUCUCCUGGCCUGAGCAGUGGUCUAGAAAACUAUUUUUUUGAUAAAUUGUUCAUUAAUAAGGACACUGAAAAUAUGA